ACCGGAGGAGGCUGGGAAGAAGGGACUGUUGUGUGUAGGCCGACUUGGAAGUAAAACACGCACAAUCACUGCAUCAGAUACAAAUGUCCUGUCGAGCAAGACGCUACGCAUUCCACCGGAAUACUAUGUGUCGCUGGACCGCGAUGACAUGAGAAACAAUAGCGGAUGUUCUAGAAAAUGCCGUCCUGAGCGAUUCAUUUUGAAGUCGCGCGAGUGCCGCAUUUCUUCUUCUUUCCGUACUUGGCAGCUGGCAACAAUAACAAAAACAGCACAUUGUGUUUCAAGAGUGGACUGUUGCUGUACUAACACUCAAGGGAACAAAAUACUUCGCUGUACCCGGCUGACAAUAUUUGCAGUGGGCUAUUUUCUUUGGUUAGAAGCAAGAGGCCCAAACGCGUCUUCAGGUGUUUGGUAGUGUUUGGUGCUCUUAGCACAUGCUAACGUUUCACUUGAAAUUGGUGUCAGGAUAAGUGGACCCACUAUAUGCAAUAGCAAUGGGCACUCAUUUGAAACUUGAGUUGAGUAAUGGUAACAUCUUAAUUUAGCCCAUGCGUAAGCGACAAACUAACGUUAAGCCCACGUCAUGGUUUUGUCGGAUACAGUUUAGAAUUAGGCUACUCUUAGGGGUUAAGUAGCAGAGAAGAAAGGCACUUGGCCAAUGCUAUUUAGUGUGGGGGAAAACCCUAAUCCUGUGCUUCGUAGAAGCCUUCACCAUGGCUACCUAACUUCAUCACUAGGUCGAAUCCUUAUGACACUUGGCUGCUUAUUUCCCAGAACUCUUCAGUGUGGUCCCCAAUGCGGCCCAGUGACGUGAUGUGAUAUCUGAUUCGAACAUCAGCUGACUAUUUCAUUAACCACAACUAACGGCAUAAAGUGAAAAGCAGGCAUAUAACGUGUGACAACUGUAGGCCACAGCUGUUGCUGAGAAGACUCUGGACUGAAUAGGCUAAUAAUAGGCCUAUUCUUACUAGGCUUCCUUCCCGUCCGAGACCUCGACAUGUACAGUUAAUCCUGCAGUAUGCUUGAGUGCAGUGUUAGAACUUACACGUUGUAAGUGGACUAUAACCGCCUAGUAGAAAGCGCAUAGGCACACUCCAAUCAACCAGUCUGUGAUGAAGAUGAGACAGGCACUACCUGAUGCUGAAGGGCGCAGAUAAAAUGCAUGGAACGGACUCAAAUACAACAGCUUGAUAAGCACUCUCCAGAUGGGUCUGUUUCUGGCACACUCGCCAUCAUAGCUCUGAUUGAAUCUGAGGACACCUACCUCCUCCUCCCACUCCAGCGUUGUUGUGGACUGAACGUCACUUCCUGUAAGACUGUGCCAUGCGCUACCCUUGCCAGCCUACAUAGUCGCCAAGAGGUUGCUCCGCCUCCUGAUUCCGUCCUCUUUGCCCACCCCCAGAGGAUGCUGGGACUGUGUCGUGGGCGCAGGAAGUUCCUGGCCUUCUCCCUCGCCCUGCUCUUCAUCCCAGCUCUCACCUGGCUCUACCUCUCCGUCGGCAACUUCCAAGUGAGGCACCUCCCCCUGUCGCCCCUGGAGCCCCAGUCCUCCCCUCUGAUUGGUGGAGGCGGGGAGCGGCAGGCGUUGGAGCUGCGCGUGCGCGAGGUGGAGGAGGAGAACCGCGCCCUGAGGAGAGAGCUCAGCCAGCCUCCCCACAGCCCCUCCCACCCGCACCAAACGGGCCACCAUGGCAACCGUUCGUCCACACACUCCAACGAGGAAGGCACGGGCGACAACGAGAACCAGCGGGCCGCCGCUGCUGCUGCCGCCGGCGGCAGCAACGGUUCGGAGUGCGCGCAGCAACCUGUGGUUGAUAAGUGUGAGACAAUCCAUGUGGCUAUCGUGUGUGCGGGCUACAAUGCUAGCAGGGACGUGGUGACGCUGGUCAAGUCGGUCCUGUUCCACCGGCGCAACCCGCUGCACUUCCACUUCAUCACGGACUCCAUCGCCCAGCGCAUCCUGGCCUCCCUCUUCCACACCUGGAUGGUGCCGGCCGUGCGGGUGGACUUCUACGACGCCGAUGAGCUGAAGUCUGAAGUGUCCUGGAUCCCCAACAAGCACUACUCGGGCAUCUAUGGGCUCAUGAAGCUGGUGCUGACCAAAGCGCUGCCCUCAGACCUCAAGCAGGUCAUCGUGCUCGACACAGACAUCACCUUCGCCACCGACAUCGCCGAGCUUUGGGCCGUCUUUCACAAGUUCAAAGGGCAACAGGUUCUGGGUCUGGUGGAGAACCAGAGUGACUGGUACCUGGGGAACCUGUGGAAGAACCAUCGGCCAUGGCUGGCACUGGGCAGAGGCUUCAACACAGGUGUGAUACUGCUCCUUCUGGAUCGUUUGAGGAAACUCCGAUGGGAACAGAUGUGGAGGCUGACCGCAGAGAGAGAACUAAUGAGUAUGCUGUCCACCUCACUAGCAGACCAGGACAUCUUCAACGCGGUGAUCAAACAGAACCCCUUCCUGGUGCACCAGCUGCCCUGCUUCUGGAACGUUCAGCUGUCGGAUCACACCCGCUCCGAGAAGUGCUACAAAGACGUGGCAGACCUCAAGGUGAUCCACUGGAACUCCCCUAAGAAGAUGCGUGUGAAGAACAAGCACGUGGAGUUCUUCCGGAACCUCUACCUGACGUUCCUGGAGUACGACGGGAACCUGCUGAGGCGAGAGCUCUUCGGCUGCCCCAGCGAGACCGACCACAACAGCGAGAACCUUCAGAAGACUCUGUCGGAGCUGGACGAGGAUGACCCGUGCUACGAGUUCCGGCGGGAGCGUUUCACCGUGCACCGCACACACCUCUACUUCCUGCACUACGAGUACGAGCCCAGCGCUGACAACACCGACGUCACACUGGUGGCCCAGCUCUCCAUGGACAGGCUCCAGAUGCUGGAGGCCAUCUGUAAGCACUGGGAGGGCCCCAUCAGUCUGGCUCUCUACCUGUCGGACGCUGAGGCCCAGCAGUUCCUGCGCUACGCCCAGGGCUCCGAGGUGCUGAUGAGCAGAAGCAACGUGGGCUACCACAUCGUCUACAAGGAGGGCCAGUUCUACCCUGUCAACCUGCUGCGCAACGUGGCCAUGAGGCAGGUCAACACGCCCUACAUGUUCCUGUCCGACAUCGACUUCCUGCCCAUGUACGGCCUGUACGAGUAUCUCAGGAAGUCUGUGGUGCAGUUGGACAUGGCCAGCACCAAGAAGGCUCUAGUGGUGCCGGCGUUCGAGACGCUCCGCUACCGUCUGUCUUACCCCAAAUCCAAAGCUGAGCUUCUGUCCCAGCUGGACAUGGGCACUCUCUUCACCUUCAGGUAUCACGUGUGGACGAAAGGCCACGCCCCCACCAACUUUGCCAAAUGGCGGACGGCCACCACGCCCUAUCGCGUGCAGUGGGAGUCGGACUUUGAGCCGUACGUGAUGGUGAGGAGGGACUCGCCGGAGUACGACCGACGAUUCGUGGGCUUCGGCUGGAACAAGGUGGCCCACAUCAUGGAGCUGGACGCCCAGGAGUAUGAAUUCAUUGUCCUGCCCAACGCCUACAUGAUCCACAUGCCGCACGCGCCAAGUUUCGACAUCACCAAGUUCCGUUCCAACAAGCAGUACCGCGUCUGCCUCAAGAUGCUCAAGGAGGAGUUCCAGCAGAACAUGUCUCGUCGCUAUGGCUUCGCCGCGCUCAAGUACAUGACGGCCGAGAACAACAGCUAGCCCUUCUGUCCGUCAAAACAAACCUAGCCACAUACCCCCCCCCCCAACAAAGACCCUGGAGUAGAAAAUAAAAGAGCCUUUGGAAAGGAGAGAAUAGUCGUCCUUUAAAGGCGAGUUCAUUCGCAAAGAUCCUAUUGAGCCAUCGGAGCCCCUCCGACUGGUGUCCACCCCAUUUCGCCUCCCUGUAGUAGGGCGAGACCAGCGUGACUCUUCAGGGGCCCUGUGCUCUGUGGGCAGUGUAGGCCGUCCAGGAGGAGUGCUAUCCGUCCUCACCAAAGUGGUGUUGUCAGUGGAAAAGAAAAUUGUUGAAUGUGUCCUCUCAAAAAAGUAUUGGUUGUCUUUUUUUUUUAACUUUUUUUUCUUUUGUGAUAUAUAUGUUUUUUGGUGGUCAAGUCAGAACAGAGGGGGAACUUGCUCACUGGACUAACAUUUAUUUACUGAGGGGGUC